GAUAUAAUAUGCGCCCUCUAUUGUUAAUAUUUUGUGCAUGAAGUUGUUUUGAAAAUUGAAUUUAGAAAAUAGGAAAUAUGAGUUUAUCAUUGAGAUCAGAUUUUGCGGUGGAAAAGCCAAGAAGACGGAAGCGGAGAGAGUUAACUGAAGAACAAAAACAGGAAAUAAAAGAAGCAUUUGAUCUCUUUGACACAGAUAAAGAUAAAGCCAUUGAUUAUCAUGAACUCAAGGUCGCUAUGAAAGCCCUUGGGUUUGAGGUGAAGAAGGCAGAUGUCAAGAAAGUGAUAAAGGAUUAUGACAGAGAGGGAACAGAAAAAAUUACUUUUGAGGAUUUCAAUGAAGUCAUCACAGAUUGGAUGUUGGAGAGAGAUCCUCGUGAUGAAAUCAUGAAAGCUUUCAAGCUCUUUGAUGAUGAUGACUCUGGUAAAAUCAGCAUCAGGAAUCUGAGACGAGUUGCUAGGGAACUGGGAGAAAACAUGACAGAUGACGAACUCAGAGCUAUGAUUGAUGAAUUUGAUCAUGAUGGUGAUGGAGAAAUCAACCAAGAUGAAUUUCUAGCCAUCAUGACAGGAGACACAUGAUCAUAAUAGAGCCCAUAAACUCUUCCACAAAACUCUAUGAGAUCACUACAAGUAAUCCUGAAAUAGAAAAUGAAUUUGGAUGUGUGUGUGAGGAGGCUGCCUUAUGGUGAAGGACCAAGAUUUGAUGUCAGAUGUAAUUCCAUGGCUUUGAAACCCAAAGAAAGUCCUUCAACUUCAACUCUUCUGCCUGAGGCUGAGCAAUUCUGUAUGAACCUCAGAUCAUGCAACUUCACAAGUCAUUGAUGAACGUUCUUCAUGGUUUCUGCUGUAGCAUCAUACUAAAGACUUUAUAGAAAAAUUUGGAAUAUUAUUCAUAAAUGAAUUGUAAAGUAUUCCUAUAACCAUGUUGUAACGUACAAAUCUUCAUCACCUUGUUUUGAUGGACAAAUUUGUAUGAUGCAGAAAUAUCAGUGACUAGUAGUAUCCUGACAUGUGUGGAUUAUGUACUGAAAAGUAUAUCAUCAUUACCUUGUUUUGGUAGUCAAACUAUCACCACUUUCAAACAUUAUACACCAUGGAUCUAUGGAAAGUACAGGUAAUAAGCCAUCCAUACUGUAUAUGCUCCCUAGCAACAAUUAUUGAUUACAUGCACAGUACUCAUUUUGAUGCUUAAUGUAGAUCUUAGAAAUGAUUGUGCAUGAUUGCCUUGAUCAAAGUACUCCUUGAUUGGUUGUAUGGUAUGUAUGAAUCAUUCGAUCUACUACUAGAUGAUUGCUUUCUCUAUUGAUGCAUGUAAUUGCGAUAUACUGUAGAUCAUUAUAGUAUUUGAGAGCAUUUCCAGGCCAAGUUCACCCCUGCAGGAGUAAACCCAAAGAAGCAUAGUACUGAAAAUUUCAUCACAGUAGGAUGUAUAACAGGAAAGUUAAUUUCAUUUUAAUGUUUUGUUUAUUUUCUCAAAUCUUUGACGUUGGCUUCAUAAUUGGUACAUGUGAGCAAUUUAGGAAAUCAGUGAUUUCACACACUAUGCUUUUCUUUUAUCAUAUGAAAUAUGAAAUGUUGUAAAUUUCUGUUUUCAUGGCAAAUGAAAAAUAAUAGUCAUUAAAUUUAGCAGAGAACUUCCUUCAUGUUUGCAUUUUGGUCAUGACGUAUAUGAUAUUGUUUAAGGAAGAUAAUUGAAACUUAAAAAUGCUAUAACUUUUCUGUAUUUACAACCAAUUAUUUCAUUUUCAGUGCUGUUGAUUGAUUUCUUUUAUUCAAAUCAACUUAUUGUUGAGGUGGACUUGGCCUUUAAAUGACUUUAUUUCAAAUACAUGUAUCGAAAUGUGUUUCAUAAAAGCUGAUUAGAAAAAUGUUGCAUGACUAAAGUAACUUUAUGAACCACUUGAAUAUUUCAUAAAAAUGUAUUUGAGCAAAAAUAUGAUUCCUCCAAAUAUAUUUUAUCAUUAAAUGUGUUAAUCAACAACUACAUAUUUCAUCAUAAUGAAACAUAUGGAGACUCACAGUUGGUUUGCAAGGUUGUGCAUAACUUUAUGAACAGCUUUUAAAAAAAGUAUAGAUAAUGAAACAAUAAAACAGAAGAAUGAACCAUGAGAUCGCCUUGUUACAAUUCUCAGGGAUGGCAUUUUCAAACAAAAAUGAGCAUUCCUACUCUUUGCAUAUAUGUAUUCAGCCAUAGAAAACACUUUUAUGUAAUGAAAGGCCCAUUCUAAAGGUUAUUUUCUCUAUAAUCAAUUCCAAGUGGCAUCCAUGAACUUUUUACAAUUUCAUUGUUACCAUUUUGUGUGUUUAACUGAGGGACAAAGGCUAACAAAACAACUUUUUAUUAUUUGCUUGUGAAAGAACAUAAAGCAUUGCUAUUUAAUAGCUAGAAAACUUGUGAACUGUACAUUUUGUUAAAACAAAUAUUGCCCCUUGGAUCCUGAUUGGAAUAAACCUAUACCAUAUUAUACCAACUAUGUCAUAGUAACACAUUUUCACCUUGAAUAAGUCAGUACCCGCAUUUUGAUGAACAAGUAUUACUUGUGUGUGCCCUAAUAUGUAGAUGAUGCAAAUAACCUAAGGUGAGUCAAAUAAAACGUUUGAAGUACAUUCUGGAAAGUCAUAAUCUAUUGCCUCCUGGAACCUCAUACAAAACAAUUGAGAUCUACAGAAUUAAGUAGGGCUGGUUUCAGAGUUGUCCAUAUUAAUGGCAUAGGUGGGACGGAUGCAGUUACAUUUUAAACUCUUACAGUUAGCACAAUGUAUAGUUUCCCUGAAUUCCCUUUUAACAAUAUUGUGUUUAUGAUCCUGUUUGACUAUUUGUGAGCUACCAGUGCAUGGAAUUAAUAUGUGAUUUGAUCUAGACAAACAUGGUGCAAAAUAUAAAUAAAGAUAUGAUGGACUCAUUUAA